AUUUAGAACCAAUCACGUUUGGCCCACAUCGAUAUAUGAAAACAUACCAACAUAAUUAUCUAGUAAAAAAUUAAAAAUAGGGAAUAAUCAUACACAUGAAAAUUUUCUAGGUAAUCCCUACCGAAAAAUAAUUUUAGUUUCCGACUAAAUACAUUUAAAAUGUUGCUCUAACGUACAGUAACCUGCAUGUUGUGUUCAAACUGUAGAGGUGAUACAGUGACUAUAUUGUUGCGUUGUCCACCGUAAGGUACAGCUAACGAGAACCGUACAUCUUCCCUUUCCGUAUGGCUGCAUAUGUUAAUCGAACCAUAUCCAUGAUGGCUGGUGACGGGCCGCACAAUGUGGGGCUCAACAAUGGCAAUGUGCGCGUCAACAUGUCAAAUGUGGACUCCCCGCUGCAGAUUUUUGUGAGAGCCAAGAAGAAGAUCAAUGAUAUAUUUGUGGAAAUUGAUGACUAUGUUAAAGAUGCCGUCACAUUUAUGCAUGCCGUGUCAGGCGACAACAGUAUCGCGACCCCACAGGACGUCACCAAUGUGGAGGCCUAUGUUAGCAAAGUGCAGGCUAUUCGGGAAGUGCUCAAAAGGGAUCACAUGAAAGUCGCGUUUUUUGGCAGGACGAGCAACGGCAAGAGCACAGUGAUAAACGCGAUGCUGCACGACAAGAUCCUGCCGAGCGGCAUCGGGCACACCACCAACUGCUUCCUGCAAGUGGAAGGGUCUGACACCGACGAGGCCUUCCUGCGCACUGAGGGCUCUGAUGAGAAGCAACCCGUACAGUCCGUGAGCCAACUAGGGCACGCCCUCUGCGCGUCGCGCCUCCAGGAGUGCUCGCUCGUGCACGUGUACUGGCCGCGCGAGCUCUGCGCGCUGCUCCGCGAUGAUGUAGUCCUAGUAGACAGCCCCGGGGUGGACGUGACGCCGAAUCUAGACGAGUGGAUCGACCAGUACUGCCUCGAUGCUGACGUGUUCGUGCUCGUCGCUAAUGCAGAGUCCACGCUCAUGGUUACUGAAAAAAACUUUUUCCACAAAGUAUCGACAAAGAUAUCGCAACCGAACAUUUUCAUACUGAACAACCGGUGGGACGCCUCCGCUUCCGAACCUGAAUAUCUCGACCAGGUCCGAACCCAGCACGCGAACCGCUGCGUGGACUUCCUCUCGCGCGAGCUGCGAGUCUGCUCGCCCAAGGAAGCAGAAGAACGCAUCUUCUUCAUCUCCGCUAAAGAAGCGUUGCUGACGCGCAUGCGCGAGAGAGAGAAGCCCGUCACAUCGCCCAUGCUGGUGGAGGGCCACCAAGUGCGCUACUUCGAGUUCGUGGACUUCGAGCGCAAGUUCGAGGAGUGCAUCAGCCAGUCCGCCGUGCGCACCAAGUUCGCGCAGCACUCGCGCCGGGGCAAGAACAUCGCCUCUGACGUCAUGGCCAAGCUCGACCAGGUGUACAACAGCGCGACAGAACAGAAGUCCGCCAAAGUGGAAAAGCAGCGGAUUCUGCACGAACAGCUCAGUUCCAUCGAGGAACAGCUGACUACUGUCACCCGACAGAUGAAGGACAAGAUCAACCGCAUGGUCGAGAGUGUUGAACACAAGGUGUCACUGACCCUCAGUCAAGAAAUCCGUCGGCUCUCAGCCCUAGUGGACGAAUACGACACCCCGUUCCGCGCCGACCGCGCCGCGCUCGAGCAGUACAAGCGAGCGCUACACCGCCACGUCGAAGCUGGCCUAGGGUCCCGGCUCAAGAAGAGGCUCAGUCACGAUAUAGGACACGAGAUGGACGAGGCGCAGAAGGAGAUGGCCGAGCGCAUGUACAACAUCCUCCCCAUGCACAAGCGGGCGGCGGCGGCCACCGUGAUGCAGCCGCACCAGCAGCCCUUCGAAGUGCUGUACCGCCUCAACUGCGACAACCUCUGCGCCGACUUCACUGAGGACCUCAGUUUCCGCUUCUCCUACGGCCUCACCGCUAUCAUACAGCGCUUCCAGGGCAGGGGGCAUACUAAAACAGCGCUCAAGAACGCCCCGCAAUACACGCCGAUUCUAGCGACGAUCACACCGGCACCCAACUCCGUGGAGCUGGCGCGGCCGGGCGGCGUCAUCGGGCCCUUCAGCGCCGAGGAGUGGAGCCUCGUGUCCAAGUUCGCUCUCGGCGCGCUCACCUCGCAGGGCACCAUGGGCGGUCUGCUGCUCUCCGGCCUGCUGCUCAAGACAGUCGGCUGGCGCAUAGUAGCCGUGACCGGGGCCGUAUACGGCGCCCUCUAUCUGUACGAGCGGCUCACGUGGACGGCCAAGGCGCAGGAGAGGCUGUUCAAGAAGCAGUACGUGACGCACGCCAGCAACAAGCUGCGGCUCAUCGUCGACCUCACCUCCGCCAACUGCAGCCACCAAGUGCAGCAGGAGUUGUCGACAAUGUUCGCCCGCCUCUGCCGGCUGAUCGACGAGGCGACCACCGAGAUGGACGAGGAGCUGUGCGAGGUCCGCGAGGCCAUCAAGAUGCUGGAGGACGCCUCCACCUCCGCUAAGAAACUACGCAACAAGGCCAACUAUUUAGGCCACGAGUUGGAGUUGUUUGACGACGCGUUCCUUGCACACACUAACUGAGUGACACCGCUGUGGUAUGGAACGCGCUGCUCGCAGAGACCGCCGCCAAGCGGCGUCGCACCGAAGGUAAACGUACGUUAUGUUCAGUGUAUAGUAUAGCGUAUGUACCUCUAUGUACAUUACUACGACUUGUUGUUGUUUUCACACGUUAUUUAUUAACUUGUUUUAUAGCGAUCGAAUUACGCGAAGGCUAACUUCUAAGAAACCGUUGAAUGUUUGACAUUUUACUCGCUUGAAUGAAUUUAUGUUAGGUUUAUUGUGGUUCCUUUGUGAUUUUAGUUUAUUGUUUGCCUCCGACACCGCGGUGCUAUCUGUACAUACGAAUAGAGAAGCUCUCGAACAUUUAGUUUCCCUAAAACAAAUUGUUAUUGUAAUUUUAGGAAAUUCUAACACAAUCUUAUGAAGUACAUUUACGCUGCUCGUGUUAUCUGUCUGUAUGUUGCGUAUUUAUUAGUGUAUAGUUAUCGCUUUAACUCCUACGUUCUGUAAACGCACGUAAUUCGUGCUAGAGAUUAUACGAAUUAGUUACCUGAAGGAACCGUAGGACCGGUACUUUGGCAAUGCGUUCGCCUGAAGUAUUGAUUACCUGUGAUACAACUUUAUAUGGCUUUUUAGCGUUUUGCGUCCUCACUACACGAUACACUGCAGUGUACAGUCGCCAUCAGAUAUAUCGGAGCGCCCGUGGUGCUCACAAAUAUCUGAACACGCCUCUAUUAUCAAGGCGUGAGAGUGCAUGUUCAGAUAUUGUGAACACCUUGGCCGCUUCGAUAUAUCUGAUGGCGACUGUACGAGUUUUUGAUAACUGGUACUGUACCAUAUCUGUUUUACUCAUAAUGAAAUUGAUAAUCAAGUAAUGUUAUGGAUGACUCACGCUACAGGGUCGAGUGACAGCGCUCAAAGCAUUCAUAUACCGAAAUAUGGCGGACAUACACCAAGGCAAAUAUUAUUGAAGUGCCUAUCCAGUUUAGCGUGAGUUAUUCUUAUUUAUACACUGACUUUAUUGUACUUUAAAUAAAUGCAAUUAUACCAACGAUAAAGACCAUGUCCAUGUCACAAUCGCAUUCAUUACUCACAUAUUUUUGCCACUGAAAUUUGAACUUUAUUUACGUGCACAAAAGUUAUUUUUACAACACCUAUUUUCGUGUAAUUAAUGGGAUUGUUCUCUGGACUAUAGAUAAAUGGCGUUAUUCAUAAUUACAAGCCUGAAUUAGCUAUGUGAUCGUUUGUCUUUAUCUGUCGUUAUGACUUGUGUAUUUGUAAGAAAGGGAUAAAACAUAAUUUAACUAAUUCGGGCACGUAAAGUUUUAUGAAUGAGGGAGAAGGACGCUGGGUCCAAACAGAUCAAUGUCACAGCUAAUUUUGAAGUAGGUUUGUAGUGUUAACCGACGCAACGCCGUUACCUUAGGAGGAUGUUUAAAAUUGGACAUUUUCUUAUAUAUAGAAAAAUAUUAGAUGAAUCCGGGCCUUAGAUGGCUCGGAACCGGUUUUUUUUAAACCCUGAAAUCCCAAUAUGAAUUAAUUUAUGCUCUUUAUGUAGAACUGAAUCAUGUAUUUAAGUAACAGAUUUGUAUUAUUAGAUUGUCCCAUUAAAACUUAAAUAAUAAACCAAAGAACGAAAAAGAACGUAAUAAUACCGGAGAAAAAACCGGUUCCGAGCGUUGGAUGAAACAGAUUGCUUUUUUAUUGUUUGUUAAACAACAAAAUAAAAACACACUUGCCUUAUUCAACAUGACAUUUAUAAAAGCGAUAUUUUUUUUUCUCUUUAGUGGGAGUGAUUUGUUUGGACUUACUGUCUGUUAUCUAAGGGCUCCCAGCGCUAUACUUCCUAAGCACACAAAUUCCAGCAUUUAAAUAACCGAACGCAAAGUCAACGUUGAUUUGUUGAGCUGUUUUAGAUUAUUUAUUCACCCAUAUCUCGGGGACAUUCACUGGUAUAUCCCUUUGAAGGUAUCAUUACAAAGUGGCUAGUAUAUGGGCGGUUUAGAAAUCCAGUAUUCAGUAGCCUCGAUAACGCCUAAAGGCAAACUGGCUGCCGGCUAGACCUUUGCAAGGAGCAAGUGCCGUUAUGACAUUUAAAGUAAUCAAUAUGCAUACAAAAAAAUAUCGCCUAGAGAUCUCAAUUAAGAGAUUUUUUAUGGCAUGAAAUACAUAUUUUUCGCCCACCUACUAGCCGUCACAACACAUAAAUACUAUCACCAACACAAUUACCGUUCGUGCAGUCGCCAUCAGAUAUAGCAAAGCGGUCAAGGUGCUCACAAAUAUCUGAACACGCCUUUAGAGGCAUUAUUAUUAUUUAUUAUUUUUGACAUUAGUGUCAAGAUGCUAGUAUGCGUGUUCAGGUAUAUUUGAGCAAAUCGGCCGCUCCGAUAUAUCUGAUGGCGACAGUACACUUUGUUGCAACGACAUAAGUACAUAACGGUCUACUCAUGGUUAGUUGUGUUGCUGCUAGUACCUCUCUUGGUUGGGACUCAAUUCUCAGUACCAUCAAUCUAAAGUUUGCUUAGGUCAAUUGUAAAAAAAGUAUGUUUGUGACUAAGUUAAAUUGGUCCAAUUUGUCAAAACCUAGUAAGUUUGCUAACCGUUAACAUGGCUUCAUGUCGUUCAAAAACCGUAUUAUUUCGUUCAUUAAAAACCGGUUAAUCGAUGGGACUCGAACUAAAAAGUAGUUUUCUCCCCUAACCGAUAAAAAGAGGGAACGGAAUUAACCGGUUAUUCUCAUGUCUCGGCGACUCGGUGAAAGAGGCAGCAAUACUUACUCGUUCUACCAUGCUUCGAUAUUUUCAAUUUAACCGGAUAGUUUCGUUCCUCUAGAACGAAAUGAGAAAUAUUUGGCAUAAACUGUUAUCUCAAAAUAACGGUUCUCAACCGGUACCCGCAAAAGGAAACGAAAUCCUUUUCGUUACCGGGUAAAUGAACGAAGUCGGUUUGAAAACGAAAAAAAGGUUUCCGAGCCCUGCCUGUAUCAGUACCUAGAUGGUAAUCAGAAAUAAAGAAUGAUAUCGAGAAUAGUCCCUUUGUCAUUAGUUACGAGUGGGACGUGUCCCAAACAUUUGCCACUAUUUUUGGCUUGGUAUCAUGUAUGAAACCUACGGUAUAAACGAAAAAUAACAUGUAGUCAAAUAUAAAAAUAUAGUUAGCCCUCAAUAUCUUCUAAAUAUGCUUCGUUCUUAUACCGCUGUAAUAAGAUCGCCGUUAUUUACGAAUGUUGAUUAUGUCCAUAUUUUUAUACUAGGCUGUAUAGUGCAUCGCAUAUUGAAGCGGUCAAUUUAUUACUUUAUCCUAAAAUUAGACGAGUUUAAACCUAUAUUUUCUUAAGGCUCAGUUGCACCAUUCCACUAACCUGGGGUUAACCGGUUAAAUCUGGAGUUACCAUGAUUACCAGUACAAUUUGACAUUGGGUUAACGGUUUGACCGCUUAGCCCCGGGAUAUUGAGAUGGUGCAAGUGGGCCUAAGUGUUGAAAUUAAUUUAGUCCUCAAUGGAUUAUCUUCGAGCAACACCGCCGGGAAGGGAGUCGGCAUUCGUACUAUUUCCCCUCUGUCGAAGCACUGUCCAACUGGGCAUGCAUGUGUCGUGAUUCGUCCGCACACCAAGAGAUCGAGGUGUGCAAGAUUUGUCUUUGACUUGUGUCAUUUUCUACGUAAUUGUGUCGUCAUUACAAAAUGGAUUUUGUAUGUAGUAAGUGAGUAGUGCGACUUUUCCUGCCUUUAAAAAAGGCAGAAAGAUAUCGCUUGUGCUUCUCCCUUCCGACGUGUCGGAAGCCGAUGUUGCUCGAAGUAGAUUACAAACAUGAAUGCACCAUUUUAAGAGAUGUACUUUAUAUUGUACAUACAGCUAUAGAAAGGUAUUGUUUUAUGCAUGUACACUUGACCGCUUCGAACAUCCGUUGCAGAAUUGUAAAAUAAUGAAUUUGACAUGUUUAUUUCGACAAAUACAUACAUACAUGGGAGCCAUGCCAUGUGACCGUUUGAUAUUUACAUUUUGUUGUCCACUGUAAUUAGUUGUCAUAAUUAGGUGAAUUUUCUUAUGUAAAUAAUAAAGGAUUCCUUUAUAUAAAAA